AUGUCACAUCCUGUCGGUACAAUAGGGGAGGAUGAUCAUCUUCCCGCUUCUCCUGUCUCUUUCGCACAAGCCAAUGCUCGGCAUUUUGACUGCGAGGCACAUAGAUACGAGCACCAUGCGGGUACCCGUGAGCUCGUGCGCCGCGUCGCCCGUGCGAUGGUGAGGGAAUAUGCUUUCGACGAAGAAACCACGACCGUACUCGAUUAUGCGUGUGGCACCGGCAUGUUGUCGCGGGCGCUCUCUCCACAUGCUAAAUCAAUUGUCGGCAUGGACAUCAGCGAAGCAUCCGUAGCUGAAUACAAUUCUCGCGUCUUCAACCAGGGGUUGGGCCCGGAGGAUAUGCGUGCUGUGGUCGGUUCACUCCCCGGGGCGCCAGAAGGACUCGAAGGCGCUCAUUUUGACGCUGUCGUUUGUUCAAUGGCUUACCACCACUUCUUCGUACCCGAUGAAAUCACGGCCCUUUUGGCUCGCUUCCUCAAGCCUGGAGGUGUGCUUCUCGUGGUCGACCUCAUGACACGCUUCAACAACAAAUUUGGAAGCAGCAAGCGCGAAGAGAUCUUCUCCCUCGCACACCAGCAUCUAGUCCCACACCGGUACGGCUUUACACGCGAACAGAUGCAAGCUAUGUUCGAUGAAGCUGGCCUCGAGGGGUUCAAGUUUGAGACGGCGUUUUGCGGAUACAAGCCGAUAAUCAAGAAGCCAAAGGCUGUGCGUGUCAGUAGCGGGCAAGCGGAUGGUGCUGAACUGCGCGAUGUCUCUUUCUUUCUUGCGCAAGGGAGGAAACCUAUGGGCGGCGACCAAUACCCGAAGACUAGCACCGGCCAUGGAGCUGCGUGA